AUGACCAACGUUACUACCAACGGUAAUGGCGCACAGCCAAAGUCUGCUGCUCCCGGCACAGACGCUGCCUUUGCUGCCAUUGACGGCCUCGAUACUGAGCUCCGUGCCAUUAACAAGAAGAUCUGGGAAAACCCCGAAACCAGUUACGAAGAGGUCCAAGCCCACGAUAACAUCGUUGCCAUGCUUCGCUCGCUCGGCUUCGAAGUCACACCCCAUGCUUUUGGUGUACAAACUUCAUUCUCAUGCGAAGUUGGCACUGGCGGCCGCGUGGUUGUCUACAACGCUGAGUACGAUGCUCUUCCAGACAUCGGCCACGCCUGCGGCCACAACCUUAUCGCCACAUCCUCCAUCGCCUCGUUCCUUGGUGUCGCUGCCGCCCUCAAGGCAUCUGGCGGCCCAGGUCGUGUUCGUCUCUACGGUACACCCGCUGAAGAAGGCGGCGCCGGCAAGGUUCGCCUAAUCAACGCUGGCGCUUACAAGGACGUCGAUGCCUGCCUCAUGGUUCACCCUGGCCCUCCCAACCCUCCUCCUCAAUCUGCCGACGGCCACGGCUGCUGUGCACCCUCGGGUGUAGCAUAUGCCACAUCGCUCGCCAACCGCAAAUUCGACGUAACUUUCACUGGACGAGAAGCCCACGCCGCUUUGGCGCCUUACCAAGGCCGCAACGCCCUCGAUGCUGUGGUUCUCGGCUACAACGGCGUGAGCAUGCUGCGCCAGCAAACAAGACCCCACGACCGCAUUCACUCCGUCAUCAAGGCCGGUGGCACAAGACCCAACGUCAUCACCAGCUUCACCAAGACGCAGUACUACGUGCGUAGCGCGUCGAUCAGAGAGGCCACAGCUUUAGAACAGAGAGUCCGUAACUGCUUGGAUGGCGCUGCGACUGCCACAGAGUGCUCAAUCGAGUAUGACGAACACGAGGAAUAUGCCGACUUGCGUCCCAACCGUACCAUCUGCUCGCUCUACGCCGACGCCAUGGCCCUGCCCGCCAUCGACUCCAAGGUAGAGUGCGACUUUGAGCAUGCCCCUGCCUUGUCUGGGUCCACCGAUCAAGGCAAUGUUUCGUACGUGGUGCCCAGCUUCCACGGUGGUUUCUCGAUCCCGUGCCCACCUGGCGCUUAUAACCACACCAAGCCCUUUACAGCGUGUGCUGGAACCCCCGAGGCCCACGAUUUGGCGAUUGCCGCGUCCAAGGGUAUGGCUGCUGCUGGAUUGACAAUUUUGACUGAUGAGGCGGUGGCCAAGAAGAUCUGGGAGGACUUUAAGCUGGACAGAGAGCAGGAUAAGCAAGAGAUUGUUUAGGCAAUGACAUUUGAUGAGUAGAAUAGGCGGAUGCUGUCAGACAAUUGCAUAUAUUAUAGGGACUAGAGGUAGAUUGUACAAACCAGUUCAGUACUCAUAGGUAGAGAAUAUCGCUGCGCUCUCCCUUCAAAUAAUUUCUAUUUGCUUUUCGUCGCUCGAGACAGAGUGCAUGCGUUCGC